CGACGACGGUGCUGACCUUUUCCAAAAGCCCAGGUCUUCGAUAGCCCCCCGCGUGACCAUGGCGUUCUCCAUCUUGGCCUCGCUGCUCUUCGUGUGUUACGCAUACGCCAGGGCUGUGCCCCGCGCAUAUAUUCAGUUCCGCGACACCUCCGCGUGUCUAAACGUAACACGCGAUGUUCAGCAGAGCUGGUCCAUGUACUCUCCCUAUUUCCCAGCAGCGGAUUAUGUGGCUCCGCCCGCGAGCUGCCAGAUUAAUCAGGUCCACAUCAUCCAACGUCAUGGUGCACGCUUUCCCACGUCCGGCGCAGCCAAGCGCAUCCAGGCGGCAGUAGCGAAGCUGAAGGCCGCGUCCAACUACACCGAUCCCCUGCUCGCGUUCGUCACGAACUAUACCUACAGCUUAGGUCAAGACAGCCUCGUCGAACUCGGUGCGACUCAGUCCUCUGAAGCGGGCCAGGAGGCGUUCGCGCGGUACUCGUCUCUCGUGAGCGCGGACGAGCUUCCCUUCGUUCGGGCGUCAGGCUCAGAUCGCGUCGUGGCGACUGCCAACAACUGGACUGCAGGCUUCGCGCUCGCGAGCUCGGAUAGCAUCAAGCCCGUGCUCUCAGUUAUCAUCUCCGAGGCGGGCAAUGAUACCCUCGACGACAACAUGUGCCCUGCUGCAGGCGAUUCGGAUACCCAGGUCAACGAAUGGCUCGCGCAGUUCGCACCGCCGAUGACCGCUCGUCUCAACGCAGGCGCACCCGGCGCGAACCUCACGGACACGGACACCUACAACCUGCUCACGCUAUGCCCGUUCGAGACUGUAGCCACCGAGCAGCGUAGCGAAUUCUGCGACAUUUACGAGGAGCUGCAGGCGGAAGCCGCCUUCGCAUACAACGCCGAUCUCGACAAGUUCUACGGCACUGGAUACGGCCAGCCCCUCGGCCCCGUGCAAGGUGUCGGGUACAUCAACGAGCUCAUCGCGCGCCUCACCGCGCAGAACGUGUCCGACCACACGCAGACGAACAGCACGCUCGACUCCUCCCCGGACACGUUCCCGCUCAACCGCACGCUCUACGCGGACUUCUCGCACGACAACCAGAUGGUCGCCAUCUUCUCGGCCAUGGGCCUCUUCAACCAGUCCGCGCCGCUCGACCCGACGAGCCCGGACCCCGCGCGCACGUUCCUCGUGAACAAGAUCGUGCCGUUCUCCGCGCGCAUGGUCGUCGAGCGCCUCGACUGCGGCGGCGCGCAGAGCGUGCGGUUGCUGGUGAACGACGCGGUGCAGCCGCUCGAAUUCUGCGGGGCGGACGCGAGCGGGGUGUGCACGCUGGACGCGUUCGUGGAGAGCCAGGCGUACGCGCGCAACGACGGCGAGGGCGACUUCGAGAAGUGCUUCGCGACAUAGGUCCAAGUGUAGACACCCGGGGCAAGUGUACGCGCUCCGUAGACCCUUCGCGGGGAGUAGAGAUGUACUUAUCGAUCAAAAAGAGACCCUGGCUGCUCUGCUCUCGCGCCGUGCGUCCCUCUCUUCCUUCAGCGUCUUGAUCUCCGCCGAGUCGACGGGCUUGAACGCCCACGUGAGCGCGUUUCCGCCACUCCGUAGAACUCGGAGACCCAUGUCCUCCAGCAUGUCGUCGGCGUACUGCGGCCACGUGAGGAAUGUGAGGAAUCCAGCGUAGCUGGGGUUGAGUGCGGUCGGAACCUGGGGGUAGCGCUGCUUGAGCCACGCAGCCUCACGCUCGCUCGCGGCCAAUGCCGCUUCCACGCUUCCUGGGAGGCGCAUCUCGUCUUCGAGGAAGUAGGACGAGAUCCAGUGGGCGGCGAUUUCGGAUGUGUAGCCGUUGUUCGUGGACAGACAGGUACCAUUUACAGCGAGAUCACGACGCAAGAUGUUCUUCGCUGGGACGAGGCCGCGGUAUACUUGCGAGGACCAGCGUCGCGUAUCCGGGUGAGUAGGUGGUGGGUCCGACAGCGUCGUGUAAUCCCAGCGGUUGAUCUCGGAAGCCUGUGGAUCGGCUGGCUGCGCAUUCAGCCCCAGUUCUUCUAUGGUCUCUUUCUCGAAUAGACUCUCCCAAGACGACUUGUAGCCAGUUCCAAGGACCACGGCGUUAGCACGCAGCGUCCGGCCGUCCUCGAGCAUGACCGUUUCUCCAUCCGCCCCAUACCCCGAGACGUGGGCAGGACUGAGAACUUCGAUCUUGCCUGCGACAGCAAGCCCGUAGAAGGAGUUCUCGCGCGGGACACCUUCGUCGUUUAUCCGGACGUGCCAGAACGGCGAGACGCUGUUGCGGAGGGGCGAGCCUGCGGGGACCUUUUCUGCGAGAUAGGCGCUUUGAAAGAGAGCAUACCAUAAGAACCGGAUGAUGUGUUUGCCGAGCCAGGUCGUGUGCAGGAAGCGUUCAAGUUUUGUACGCAAGUUGAUGUAGGGUGAUAUCACCGCAAGGAACCUGCUGUUCCUCAAGGCGGCCGGCAGCGGGACAGGAUACGCCAGAAUUGCAUCUAGGUUAUGGCAGACAAGGGUGACCUUGCGGCCUUCGUUGGCCAGGAAUGCGCACACGUCCUGUGCAGACUUGCCUCCUCCGACCGCUACCACCGAAGGCGCAUCAGGUGCAGGGUCUUGCUGUGCCGCAGGAGCGCUGGAUAGAAGCGCGUCUACUUGCGCUGCGAAAUCCGCGGUGUGGAUCACCGGCCCUGUGAAUUGGGCGGCGAGCGCAGCCUCCGGUCCCAGUAUGUCGGGCACUUUCGGGACGCUGCAGCCCCCGGUACAGAGGACGAUGCGAGCGCAUUCCCUCGUAUCUACACGGCCGCUCUGUAGGUCAUGCACGUCGAACUGCCAGCCCUCUCCAGAGGGAUGCCGCCGAACCCGUCGGACCUCCUUGCCGAACUGGAUCUUGUCCUUGAGGAACGUCUCCGCGAAGGUCUCAAAGUACUUGGAGACCUCCGGGCCUGAUAGGCGACCUCGGAGCGCACCUCCAGCGGCCGGUGGAGGCAUAUUUAGUGCCGAGAAACAAUAUUGCCCGUGUACGUUGUUGAGGUAUAAUCCUGGGUAGAUGCGCGUCGCCGCCCAUACGCCGCCGACCGAGGCAUCCCGUGUAAGCACCUGCACGUCAGUGAAGCCAUCUCGUAUGAGCGUGUGAGCAGUGAUCAAUCCAGCGACGCCGGCGCCGAUAACUACCACAGGACCCUUGCGGGGGUCGUGGUUUGGA